AUGGACAAAUUGCAUGAGACGUUGAUAAACAUGGAAGACGCUUUGGGUUCGGAACACUCUGUCUGCUUAUCAUCCUGGGACUGGAAAAGCACCACUGGGUCUUUUGAGCUGCACCCCAUCUCAUCUCCGCACAGCUUAUCCCCAACACCCUCUUUUGAAUCCUACUCCUCGUCCCCUUGCACGACAGCAGUGGAGACCCCCUACAGCAGCAGCAGUGGCAGCCUGGUGGGCUACAGCCUGGUGGACUUCCCCGCUGCCUACCUGCCCAGCCCCGGGCAGGCUCGGCUGCCCAAGGGCACCAAGGUGCGGAUGUCCGCCCAGCGCAGGAGGAAGGCCAGUGAGAGGGAGAAGCUGCGGAUGAGGACCCUGGCCGAUGCGCUCCACACACUGCGCAACUACCUGCCCCCCGUCUACAGCCAGAGGGGACAGCCCCUCACCAAGAUACAAACCCUGAAAUACACCAUCAAGUACAUCAGUGAACUGACGGAGCUCCUCAACAGCGCCAAGCGGAUGUAG